AUGCAGCAUGCAAGAGUGAGAAGAUUUACAGGAAGCCAAAUACUGGAUUAUAUCUUGGAUGAAAAUGAGGCAGAGGACACAGAGCCACAUAGCGAUAUGGAUGAGCAGGUUUCUGAGGCAGAAGAUAAAGUAGACUAUCAACCAGAAUACAUAGACACAUCUGAUGAGUCUGAUGAGGAGGCCACCAGUGCUGAACCUGCUGCUGUUCCUGCUGAAACAUUCAAAUCCAAAAGUGGUAAGAUCUGUUGGAGUUCAGAACCUCCUGACUUACAUGGCAAGGCAGCUGCUGCAGAUGUAAUCAAAAUGACCCCUGGGAUCACAAGGCUUGCUGUGACGAGAGUAAGUGACAUCAAAACAUGUUUUGAACUGUUCAUGCCAUUGUCACUUACAAAAGUGAUCAUUGCAAUGACAAACCUUGAAGGAAAAAAAGUCCAUGGCAACAUGUGGAAUGACAUAAAUGAGGAAUGCCUAGAUGCUUAUAUUGGAGUUCUUCUUCUUGCUGGAGUGUACAGAUCCUAUAAUGAGGCCACUGAUAGUCUCUGGGACAAGUCAAGAGGCAGAUAUAUCUUCCCAGCAACAAUGUCACUUCACACCUUUCGAAUGAUAUCAAGAGUUUUCAGAUUUGACAACAGAGAUACUAGAGCAAAAUCUGACAAGCUUGCUCCCAUAAGGGAUGUCUGGGAGAAAUGGGUUCAGCUCCUUCCACUAAUGUUUAACCCUGGGCCUCAGGUAACAGUAGAUGAACGUUUGAUCCCUUUCCGUGGAAAUUGCCCCUUCCGGCAGUAUAUGCCCAGUAAGCCAGGCAAAUACGGCAUAAAAAUCUGGGCAGCCUGUGAUGCAAAAACAAGCUAUGCAGGGAACCUACAGAUUUACACUGGCAAACCCGAAAGUGGCAUCCCUGAGAAAAAACAAGGACAACGUGUAGUCCUUGAUUUGACUACUGGACUGCGGGGUCACAAUAUCACGUGUGACAAUUUUUUUACCAGCUAUGACCUUGGACAAGAACUUCUCAGGAGGAAACUCACCAUGGUAGGCACAAUAAAAAAAAAUAAACCUGAGCGCAACACUGAAAUUUUGCAGGUGAAGGACAGGACAGGAAAAAAAAAGAAAUAUGUGAUACUUAUGUCCACUUUUCACAAAGAUGCAGCUGUGUCAUCAAGAAGUGACAAAAAACCCACAAUUAUCCUGGAUUACAAUAAAAACAAAGGAGGAGUGGACAACCUGGACAAGCUGACUGCUACCUAUACUUGUCAGCGAAUGACCAGGAGAUGGCUGAUGGCUGUGUUUUAUAACAUCCUAGAUGUGUCUGCAUACAAUGCAUUAGUGUUAUGGACCCACAUCCACCCAGGUUGGAACACAAAAAAAAAUAACAAGCGGAGAAUAUUUCUCGAGGAGCUAGGAAGUUCCCUUGUCAAGGCACACAUUGAGCAAAGGAAACGGGUGUCUCGAGAUCCAAUCGCUGCAGCCGUGAUCAGACAGAUGCAGAGUUCAUCAAGCACUCCAUCCACACCAUCAACAACACAAAGAGAAUCAGUGCCAGCAUCCUCAUCAUCAUCUAGCCUUGCCUCAACAUCAACCAGCACAGCCACAGCCACAACUCCAGUGAUGCCAUCUGAUUCUAAAAGAAAGAGGUGUCAGGUCUGCCCCAGCAAUAAGGACAGAAAGACACACACAUUAUGCUUCCACUGUAAAAAAUAUAUCUGCAAAGAACAUGCUAAAAGUGUCAGCUUUUGA